AGUCAAUUGUUUUCAGAUCCAGCAAAAAUAGCAGACAGCAUCACAGCAGAAAAAACAGAAAAAAUAAACAAAAACAGUAAACCAGAAAGCUGUCAUCUUAAUAUCUUAUUGUGACAGAAUAACAUUGACAUUGUUUAUUGACAAAAUCAAAUUGAAAUGAGGAAACGACCAGGAAUCGGUGCAAUUCAUAAACAAAGGGUCGAGCAAGAACGAUUUAGAGGUAAAGCCACAGAACUGCAAGAUAAUGUUUUUGAACAAAUGACAAAUCAAAUGGAAAAAUUUCGAACUAACUUGGAAACAUUUGCAAGCAAGCAUAGAAAUGAAAUUAAGAAAAAUCCUGCCUUCAGGAAGCAAUUCCAAGAUAUGUGUGCAUCAAUAGGUGUAGACCCACUCGCUUCAAGCAAGGGAUUUUGGUCUGAGUUGUUAGGGGUUGGAGACUUUUAUUAUGAAAUUGCAGUUCAAGUUAUUGAAGUGUGCCUAGCUACUUCACCAAGAAAUGGGGGUUUGAUUACUUUGGGUGAGUUGCGUCAGAGAUUAAUCAAAGCUAGAGGAAAAGCCCAACACCAUCAAGAAAUUUCAAAUGAUGACAUUAUAAGAGCAAUCAAGAAACUGAAAGUGUUGGGACCGGGAUUCUCUAUAGUAUCCCUCAAAGGUACCCAAGAUACUUCAGAUAUUCUCAUAAGAUCCAUUCCAGGUGAAUUGAGUGCUGACCACACUGAAGUCCUCAAAGCAGCAGAAGCUCAAUCAUUCACUUCUGUCAAAGCAUUAAAAUCAACGUUGAAUUGGGACGACGUUCGCUGUCUGCAAAUCCUUAAUGAACUUUUGCGUGAUGGUGUGGCAUGGGUUGACGAGCAAUCCUCCGAAAAAAUGUACUGGUUUCCAUCAUUUUUCAAACCCCUCAUGAGUGAGGAUGAGAUCGCUUUGCCGCCUCCUAAUUAAAUCACUGGUCAUACCGAGAAAGUUGAUCUAAUAAUGAAAUGGUUGACUGAUGAAAAUUUUGUUUUUGGAAAAAUUGCUUGAAACAUUGAAAACGAAUAUAACAAAUAAAAUUAAA